GAAGCCGUCGACAGUUUUCCGCCAGUGUAACUGAUAACUGUUAUGUGGGUUUGGUGCGACGCAUACACAUCAGCAAAGCGCAACAUAAUUUCCGUGAAUGGCGUCUCUUUGACGCUUGUUUCUGUGCUCGGUCGUGAUAAAUUCGAAAUUAUUCGCCAAUUUCCAGUGAAAAUCGGGAGGAAAAUAUUGUAAUUCGUUUUGGGAGGUGACAGUGCAUCGAUUUGAAAGGAGCGGAAUGGAAAGUCGUCGUGCAACGAGAGGUGGCCCAACGGUCAGUUCCGGAGUGGUGCCUGGUCCGGCAGAAACGGCCAAGCGAGGGCGAAAGUCCACUGCAAGGAAUAAGACACCGUCACCGCCACCUGCCAGAAAAGCAUCCCCCGCGCGAAAAGCCUCCCCUUCCAGGGCCAAGAGGACAUCCCCAGCCCGGAAGGCAUCCCCUGCACGGAAAGCUUCGCCAGCCCGGAAGGCUUCACCAGCUAGGAAAACAUCCCCUGCUAAAAAGGCUUCUCCCUCCAGGAAAGUAGGACGACCACCGAAGGAGUCCGCCCCAGUUAAGGUGUCCCCUGAUGAGCCCCGGAGAUCGGCUCGGAUUAAAAUCUCCGAACAGCGUGAAAAGAGUCCCGUGCUGAAGCGGUCCUUGAGGGAUAAGCAGCUGUCCAUCAUAUUGGACGAUGAGGAAAGCUCCAAGAAAGGAUCACCAGCCAAGAGCACAACGCCCAACACGAGCCAAAGAUCGAUCGUGACAACGACGGGACGAAGCCGUGGCACCGGAUCGCGAUCCGUUAGUGUGGCUAAUGAUUCGCAGGAAUUUUCCGAUCACGAGGAGAUCGAGUUCCAAAGCUUCCGAAAGGAUGACAACGGAUUGAACCGAGAUAAAUCGUACGCUAGAAGAAGUGCUUCAAAGCAGUUGCAGGAACUGCGUGAAUUCGGAGGAAAUUGGGGUGCUGCCGCGGUGCUGUUAUUGGUGCCAGCAUUUAUUUUCUUCACAAACCACUUUUGUUCGGGUGCCGCCCAUCGAGACUGCUCAUUCAAACUUCCCGCCAAUCUGGACGAAUUCAAGACCCUUUCUACGUACUUCAACCGAGAAAUCGGAGUAAUAUUCCUCCUCUUCACCUGGCUGAUUGCCCUGGUCACUGCUCUUCCUGUUGGCAAAGCUGUCAAAAUAGUAGAUGAAGUGCGUGGCCAGCAGAGUUACACCUUCACCGGAUUGUCCUGCGCCGUGUUCACGGGUCUGGCUGUCUUCGUUGCCGAAUACUGCUACAAAUACCCACUGAUCUCAACCAUCAGCAAAGGCUACAAUCAGCUGCUGGUCAUAAGUCUGGUCUACGCCAUCGUCACCGCCGGAUUGGCCUUCUUCAAGUCUCGCUACGUCCCACAAGUCAAUUGGAACCCCUACGCCAAAACUGGCCGUUUCCUGUCGGACUUCUUCAUUGGACGUGAAAUCAAUCCCCUCACCUUCAACACGCUGAACCUCAAAUUGGUUCACUAUCACAUCUCCGUCAUCCUGGCGCUUCUCUUCAACUCCAUCAUCCUCUACCGCAAUCUCCACUUCCCAACUCUCCCUACCGAAGAAGAAUCCUUAUCCCUCCUGGAGAAGCUCACAUUCACCGUCAAAAACCUAGAAUUCGAACCAACCCCAGUCCUGGCCGCUUCCCUCACCAUUCUCUAUCUCUUGGACCUGCUCGCCUACGAACACCACCUCACGCAUUCAUUCGACCUGCAAAGCGAAGGAUUCGGUGCCCUGCUGCUGCUCCGGUAUGCCAUCUUCCCCUUCACGCUGACCCUGCUGCCCAAGUACGUUGCAGCCCACAAGUUGGCGGACGUUCCGGUGUGGGCCCUGACCCUCGUAGCUCUCGUUGCGCUGGUCGGCCUCGUCAUCAAGCGGUCCAGCAAUCGGCUCAAGUACCAGUACCGGCUCAAUCCCCUAGGCGAGAAGUUCAUCGAUCUGGAAACUCUGCCCACCUUCCAGGGCCGCAGGUUGUUGGUGGCCAAGCUGUGGGGUCGUGUCCGUCAGCCAAACUACGUCGGAGACAUCCUGCAGAACGUAGCCCUGCUCCCACUGUUGUACUGGCGUUUCGCCUGGCCGCCUCUGUUGGCGGUUCUGUUCACGGUUGCCCUGCUGGUUCAUCGUGCCCUGCGCGUCAACGAUCGCAAUGCGAAAAAGUACAACUCGGCAUGGCAACGUUACUGCUCGACAGUGCGAUACAUGUUGGUGCCUAAAGUAUUCUAAGGUACCGCCCUGAGUCCGAGACAAUUAAACAGUUUUUUUCUUCGAUUGUAAAAAAGAGUGUUUUUCGUAAUAUACAUUCAACACAUUUGCUAUCUAUGUUUUAGAUAGCACUAUAAUGCACAGACAAAGAAGAUCCGUAAAAAGUAUAUAUAUAUAUACUUGUUUGGCUUGAGGAAAUAAGCAAAAAAAAAAUACUGUAAGACUAAUUUAGCAAAAUCAAACGAUUUUUUUUUCGAACGGUUUAGUUUAAGGAUCAUCUUUUACAUUUUGAGUUUUUCGAAACACUUGACGUACAGUUUUACAUCAUAACGAAAAGGGCAGAUUAAAAGCCAUCAUCUAGGCUACUUAGAAGAAUCUACAACUUGUCUAGUAGUUAAGAUAAAAGUGUUUAUUUUAAGAGAGUUUCAAAUUAUUAUAAGAUUUACUUAUAUAAGCGAUUGCAGAGUUCAAACAAUUGAAUGCAAUCCAAAAAUAACACUCAUGAUUACUGUACAAAUCGGACUUAAGUGAAUUACUAAACGAAUUCUCACUGUGCACAAUGCAAAAGUGAAUAUGACAUAGCAAGUGAUCUGUUUUUAUUUUUUGUCUGCAAAGAGCAUUUUUUCGUGUUUGCUACAAAUUACUUUAAGGAAACCACACAUCUAUGUACUAUUUGAUUAGAGGUGCUUUUAACAAAAAACUAAGCACUAAGCCAUUCGCAACCGCACUUUGAACACAAAUUCAGCAACAACUUUUCUCAACAUCGCGCGGCAGUGAGUACAACAGCCAUUUUUAAAACAGGACGAGAUUCUCU